GUACCUACCUUGUUUUUGAUUGAAGUCCGCUGUCAUUGUCAACGGUUGUCAAAGUCUGUGGUUGUCAACCAGUGUGUGAUUUAUUUUGUGAUUUUUAUAAAAGUUUACAAGUGUUUACAAAAAUGACCGAAAAUGUUAAUAUCGAUCUUUCUGGCGAGCUAAAUCUCCCGCAGGGCUCCGAUAAAAGAGGUUUCCAAAAGUAUGUCAAUGAUAUGGAAUUGAUUGUACAGCAGCUCCGUAAUGGUGCCGCUCCUGCCUUGUUGAUGGGAGUGUUGGCCUCUCGAAAGCCAUGGAUGCAAUUUGUAGCUACAGAAAAUUUUAAGACUCCCGGUUCCAUACCGAGGUUAUCUCGACGGUUUUAUAGAAACCUGGAGUACUUUCAAGCAAACUAUUUAAUGGUAUCCUUGGGAUUGUUUGCAUACUGCUUAAUAACAUCACCUCUAUUACUAAUAGCCAUUGUCGCAAGUUUCUUUGGCUAUAGAAAAUUAACAUCUGGACCUAAUACAUGGAAAAUCGGAAACUGGGAAUUGACGAAAACGCAACAGUAUAUGGUCGCUGCGGCUGCGUCGAUGGUAGUCUGUUGGCUGGCUGGUGUUGGAGCGGUCUUGUUCUGGGUUUUAGGUGCAACUGUAACCGUGGUCGCUCUGCACGCUAGUUUCUUUGACGCGGAAACAUUACCCGCGACCGACGGUUCGGAACAGUUCCCGAUGAUAGAGCAAGUGUGACAGCUCCAUUUGCCAUUGUACUUGCCCCCACCAAGCAGUAUGAUACCACCGCAACAUAUUGCACCUCCUUAAUGCAUCAUAGAAUAGGCAAUGCAGUUUGAGGUCUAUGGUUUUUUUUUAUUUUAUAAGAUAUAUUUAUGUUAAAACCUACAUAGAAGUGUACUAAGAACGGAAUUUUAGAAAUUCCACCCCAGGGUGAAUUUUUUUCUAUAUGAGGGUUAUUUUAAUACAU